UUCAAAUGUGUAGUUUUGUGUUGUGACUUGUGUACUAGUUACAGUGCUAUGACAACAAAUACUAAACGUACUGUUUAUGUUGGUGGUUUGGCAGAAGAAGUUGACGAGAAAGUUCUGCAUGCGGCAUUCAUUCCAUUUGGUGAUAUAGUUGACAUUCAGAUACCUCUUGAUUAUGAAACUGAAAAACAUAGGGGUUUUGCAUUUGUUGAAUUUGAGGCAGCUGAAGAUGCAGCAGCUGCUAUUGAUAACAUGAAUGAUUCAGAACUUUUUGGAAGAACCAUUAGAGUAAAUUUGGCAAAACCUCAGAAGAUUAAAGAAGGCUCAUCAAAACCCGUUUGGGCAGAUGAUUCUUGGCUUCAAGAACAUGCUGGUGCGACACUAAAGAAAGCUGAUAAUGCAACCAAGAGAUCUGCUAAAGGAGAAACAACUGAGGAUGAACCUGAAACAAAGAAAGUUAAGAAAAAUCCACAAGUAUAUUUUGAUAUCAAAAUAGGAAAAGUUGAUGUUGGGCGUAUAAUAAUGAUGCUCAGGAGCGACAUAGUCCCCAAAACUGCAGAAAAUUUUAGAUGUCUUUGUACACAUGAGAAAGGUUUUGGUUAUCAAGGAAGUACCUUUCAUCGAAUAAUACCUGAUUUUAUGUGCCAAGGAGGAGAUUUCACCAACCAUAACGGCACGGGGGGUAGAUCUAUAUAUGGAAGUAAAUUUGAAGAUGAGAAUUUUACUCUCAAGCACACUGGACCUGGAACGCUUUCCAUGGCGAAUUCUGGUCCUAAUACUAAUGGUUCACAGUUCUUUCUGUGCACUGCCAGGACUGAUUGGCUAGAUGGGAAGCAUGUUGUAUUUGGCCAUGUUAUUAGUGGUCUAGAUGUCCUAAAGAAAAUGGAGAAAUGUGGGACAAAAGCCGGCACACCAACAGAAAAAGUGACAAUUGCAGCAUGUGGGGAACUUGUUUAAUUUUAUCUACAGUGACAUGCGUCAUUUGAAAUCUGUUGGGCAGUACAAAUUAAUUUUAAUUGUGCAACUGUGAACAUUUAAAAAAACUGUCACUGCUGUGAAGCAACUGUGUCUGUACAUUGGAAUAAUACCUUCUAAUUUUAAUGAGAUAACUAGAAAAUGGAAGAAACAUUGCUAUUGAAAAGAAGAAGAAGAAGAUGAAGAUGAAGAAAACACUCACAAACACUGUGAUAUUCACUGUUAUUGAAAGUGAAGAUGUGCCUUGUAUACACAGUGAAAGUGUUAGUCUGUCUUUUAUUUUGAAGCAAACUGAUUUUGUAGCCUUUUUUAAAAUUUGUUGUUAAUGUCAUUGUUUUUUACAAUCACAGAGUCUUAUCAUAUUUGAAGUGGUGUAGAAGUAUUGAUGUUUACAUAAAAUUCUUGCAGUACAAAUAUCACUUUAGUUACUGACUGAUGUUAUUUAUUUAUUUACACAUCAAGUUCCAUAGGACCAAAUUGAGGAGAAAAUCUCAAAGGUCUUGGAACAUGUCAGUACAUGAAAUUACAACAUAAAAGUAAUAACAGAUAAAAGUAAAAUGUUUAUAACUGUAAGGAAUAUGUACAUUGAGAGGCCAAUAUCAAAAUGCCCAGACUCGUGAACAGGGGUCGACAAGAGGUUCGUACCACUUAUUGUCUGAACUGCCCAUUUCUGAGCCAUAAAUAUCGUUUUAGAAUGGGAAGAAUUACCGCAAAAUAUAAUACCAUAUGACAUAAGCGAAGUAGACUAAUUUUUGUGUUGAACGAUCACUCGGUUCAUAUACUUUUCAAAUAGUAAAAAUGGCAGCAUGAAGUCCUUGAACAAGAUCCUGAAUGUGGGCUUUCCACAACAGUUCACCAUCUAUCUGAACACCUAGAAAUUUGAACUGUUCAGUUUCAUCAAUCAUAUGCCCAUUAUGUGAAAUUAAAAUGCAAGUCUUUUUUUUUUGUUAGAAACUGUAAAAACUGAGUCUUAUUGCGAUUUAGCGUUAGUUCAUUUUUUACAAGCCAUGAACUUAGGUCAUGAACAACAAUAUUUGAAACCGAGCCAUGUUGCAUACAACAUCCUUUAUUACCAAACUAGGGUCAUCGGCAAACGGAAAUAUUUUAGAGUUACCUCUAAUACUAGAAGGCAUAUCAUUCAUAUAAAAAAGGAACAUGGGUGGUCCCAACACUGAUCCCUGGGGCACCCCCCACUUGACCAUACUCCACUCAGACCUCACAUCAUACCCAUUCUCAACAUUGUGAAUAAUGACCUUUUGCUGUCUGUUGCUAAAGUAAGAGGGGAACCAAUUGUGAGCUACUCCCCGUAUUCCGCAAUGUUCCAACGUCUGGAGCAAUAUUUUGUGAUCAACACAAUCAAAUGCCUUAUUUGAAUAAAAAAAUAUGCCUAGCAUUCGAAACCUUUUGUUUAACUCAUCCAGUACCUUACAGAGAAAAGAGAAUAUAGCAUUUUCCAUUAUUAAAUGACUCCUAAAGCCGAAUUGUAGCAACUUGUGUGAUAUAAAAUGAUCAAUUAACCUUACAUGCACAGCCUUUUCAAUAACUUUAGCAAACACUGAUGGCAUAGAAAUAGGUCUAAAACUGUCUACAUUAUCCUUUUCUCCCUUUUUAUAAAAUAGCUUUACUACUGAGUACUUUAAUCAUGUAGGAAACUGACCAUUUCUAAAGGAAAAAUUACAAAUAUCCCUAAAUACAUGGCUACAUAUGCAGCACUGUACUUUAAUAUUCUGCUAGACACUCCAUCAUAUCCAUGAGGGUCCUUAUAGUCUUCAGUGAUGUAAUUAUUGACUCAAUCUCCCCUUGUCUGUACCACAGAGGGAUAUUUCAGACAUCAAUUUCCGAAAGGCAUUUGCCAAGAAAGUUGUAUGAUUCCCUGCAGAAACUAUAUUUUUAUUUUAAUUCACAGGCUAUGCUUAGAAAAUGAUUGUUAAAUGCUGUACAUGUAUCUGAUUUAUCAGUAACAGAAAUAUUCACUUUGUAUCGUGGACUUUGUGCUGCUGACCAGACACUUCCUUCACAAAUGACCACAUGGUUUUAAUUUUAUCCUGUGAAUUAGCUAUUCAUUUGCAUACCACAUCCUCUUCGUCUACCUAAUAACAUUUUUGAGCGCCUCUCAAUACUGUUUGUAAUGGGCUACUGUAGCUAGAUUGUGACUACUUCUAACAUUUUGCUAUAAUUCCUGCUUUGUUCUACAUGAUAUCCUUAUCCCACUAGUCAGCCAUCCUGGCUUCCUAUUAUUGAUAGUACCCCAUUUAGGACAUUCUAAUGGACAGCAACUCUCGAAGAGCAUGAGAAAUAUGGUAAGGAAAGCAUUAUAUUUAUCAUCUUUGUUAUCGGCACUAUAAACAUGCUGCCACUCUUGUUCCUUGACAAGGUUUAAAAAACUCUUUAUUGCAGUCGGGCUAACUUUCCUAUGUAGUUUGUAAUUAUAUGUGACAUUUGUUUGCAUACAAAAGCCUUUUAGUGUUAAAAACUGUGCAUCAUGGUCUGAAGUGCCAUUCACUCUUUUACUAACAGGAUUCCCAUCUAGUAAUGAAGACUGAAUAAAAAUAUUGUCUUUGGCUGUGCUACUGUUCCCCUGCAGCCUAGUUGGAAAAAACAUAAUGUGCAUCAGGUCAUAUGAAUUUAGCAGAUCUACCAACACCCUUUUUCUUGCAUCAUCAUAUACAAAAUUUGUAUUGAAGUCACCAUGUAUAACUAAUUUCUGGCACUUGCUACAAAGUGAAUCAAGAACACUCUCUAGCUUGCACAGAAAUGCUCUGAAGGCAGAAUUAGGGGACCUAUAAAUAACAACAAUUAGAAGUUUAGUUUUACUAAAUGCAACUGCCCCUGCACGACAUUCAAACAUCUGUUCUGUGCAGUGCCGUGAUACGUCUUUGGACUCAAAUGGAAUACUGUUUUUUACAUACAUAGCCACUUCCCCACCCCGCAAAGAACUCCUUGAAAAACAGCCAGCUAAUCUGUAUCCUGGUAAAGGAAGAUUCAGAACUGUCAAAUUAUUUAAAUGGUGCUCCGAUAUACCAAUAAUAUCAGAGUCAAAAUCUAUAAGCAGUUCACUAACUUUAUCUCUAAUACCUCUUAUAUUUUGAUGAAAUAUGGAAAUUUCUUCUCUACUUGGAAACAUAACUUCCUCUGGAGGUGAGCCUUUAGUUAGAGGGACUUCCUUUAAACAAAUAUAUCUAUCAGCUGACUUCAAUCUAAAAAAGGUGCAGCUCUAACACCAACUACUACAAGAAUUUUUCCAUGAGUGGGCCCACCACCACACACUACACUGUCACCUAUAAGCUUUGCUAGCCUCCCCUUCUCAUACCUUUUGAGAUGCAGGCCAUGCCUCGUGAAACCCGAUCGACUGAUGACCCAACUGGCACCACUGAAAUGUGACAUAUGCCCUCUGUCAUCAGCUCCCUCUCCAGCCCCAUGUUAACAUACCUAAGAGCCGCAUUAAGAUGAGGCUGAUCAUGGUGCAGAAACAGUUGCAUGAACUGCACGUUUGUGCCACCAGUUUGAGUAGCUAUCUUUAGCAGGUCACCACCUACAUUGUACUCCCCGUCCUUAUCAAGACUGUUCCCUGCUCCACCGACUAUCACUACCUGAUCCUCCUUGGUAAAAUUCCUACCCAACUCCCAUCUGCUGUCAGUCACCUGAGCCAACCCUGCAGUAGGCCUCACAAUGCUGGUGACCUGGUACUCACUCCCAAACACUUUCUGCGACUGCUGGGCCACACCUCUACAGUGUGAACUACGUAGCAGCAGAACCUUCUUCCUUCUGUUAGGCUUCGAAACUGACCUAGGUCUCCUAACUGCUGAGGACUGCUGCAAGUUCCCUACAUCUACAGCUACAAGAGGCUCCUCUCCACUCAACUCUGACAGUUGGUCAACUGUCAGAUAUUUUGCAUAUAUGCAAAGUAUAACUCUCUGAAUAUCUCCUCCUCCUCCCAGCUGCCUUCUUGCCAACUGCCAGUUCCUAUUCCCCCUCCUCGACCUAUCUAGUUCCUCUUUUGCGCGUUGUAACUACACCUGAAGGGCACAGAUCUUAUGCUUCUGUUUCUCUAUCAACUUAUUUCUACUACAGAUUCUGCAUUCCUAGGAGAGGAUCUUGCCAGAAUGCCCACUGGCUUCCCCACUGCACACCCCUCUUCCCCCCCGCCAGUGAAAAUACUUCGAACAAAUCCCAUACCGUAAUCCACCACUCACAAUCCUACGACAGAGCCCACACUUCUCACUCAGGGCAAAAUUUUACAGUUACUAAAAAGAAAACUAUAUGUUACCUAGGUUCAGUUACCAGUGGAACUUAAUAGAACUAACAAUAGUGGUCUUGAAAUUCUCUGUCUAUUAAGAAAGCAACUACUUGUAUUAAUACUACUACACCACAACUGAUACCAAUACCAACAAGACUUCACAAAAUUAUUAGCUAAAACCAAAAAUUCAAGCCAUUACUGGAACACUCAACGAAUGAAUGAAAACUUAACUGAAAUAUUUCACUAGAAACAAUAGGAAAUGUCAUCUGGAAACUAAAGCAUGAAGUUUACUAAAAAUCUUCAACACACAGAAAACUCUAUAAAACACAGCGAGCGAAUGUUUCCAAAAGUUUAUUAAAUUGUUAUUUCACCACAAAACAGCACUGAGAACUGUUAAAUUUAGUAACUGUAUAACAGUGCACAAAUAACUUUUUCAGUACGCACUACGUGUGUAAGCAUGUAUUAUAACUUUGGUAAGGUUAACUUAAAUUUUAUUGUCCAGAGAAGCAUUAAAAACACAGGGCAAACCUCAUAGAAAUUUUUGACGAAGCAAGCUGGAAUAAUUUUAAUUCCCCCCGUUUUCUCAUCUGCCUCCUUAAAAUUAAUUUUUUCAUUUUGACUUAAUUAACAGUAACGUAAGUGAGUAUAAGCUGUAGUUUCAUAAAAGAGAAAGACUGGACCUUAGUUUUUAAAGAAUGUAACACCAGAUCUAAUUUUGUGUUUAGUUUUAUAAUUGAUUUUCUAAUUUAUUUGGAUUAUUCCUAGUUAGUAUCUUUUGUUAUAGGGUGAAAUCAGUAAUUGUUUCGUAACUUAAAUUAUAUUGUUGAUGUAUAAACAAAUAUAAAUUCUGUACUAAUUAUAAACAUUUGUAAGACAAAAUGCUAGCAUUCUCAAAGUAUUUAUUUGGCUCUAUUCAAAAACACGUUAGCAAAGUCAGCCCUUCAUUAAUUCCAAAGUAAUCAACAGUUUUGUCAAAAGUAUUGUUUGCAUAACUACAUUUGUUAAUUUAAUGAUUUAAACAAAUAAUUCAGUGUAAACCUUGUUGUAGAACAAACUGUUAAAAGACGCAAUUUUUUGAUGUAUUCAGUUAAUUUAAGUUUUAAUUGUAAAUUAAACUUUGAACAAUGUGUAGUUUCAGCAUGUAUUAUUGUGAAGAUAUAUAAGGGCCCAAUUUCUGGUCACUAGUCAGUCAGUCCACAGCUCGUUUCAGAGGAGUAACCUGUGCUGGUUAGAACAACAGUACUUCAGAUUAACUGUGGAACAAAUGUUAAACAAUUAGGCCAUGUGUAAAGACAUUGACAGUGUGUGCUCUGUAAGUACCUGAUUAUUCUUCAAGAACUGUGAACUCUGUGAUUAGGUUUUACUGCUCAUAGCUGUUCAACAGUAAACUAUCGUAGCAAUAUGGAGUUUCACCUGCAAACUACUAAUGAGGCUUAUGGAUGGUUUAAACGAUAGUGUACUGGUCAGAGAACUGUGUAUUAUUGUGGGGUUAUGAACUGUGAAAUUAAAGUACUAUGAAACACAACAGAGAA